AUGUGUCGACACUCAGCCAUCAUCCACACUUGCGAUUGUGAACCGAAAACCACAUUUCGCAAGUGUGCAUAUCAACUCAAAGCCGAAUCCAAGAGCAAGAAAAAGGGCUUCAAGCCCCUUGAAUGCCCAAACUACUUCCGAGAACCCAGCGUCCAAGUGGACGCAAAGUGCUGCAAUUGCCUGGCAUUCGAUUUAGUCAUCGAACAAUCUUUCGCACCCAAACAACCUUUGGCUUACCACAGACGUCGUAUCUCCUUGGACAAGAAAGGUAACGAAAAGCUCCGCUCAAGCAGUUCGGGCGCUCAGCCAUCACGCGCAGCCACUCUCCAACCCCAACCCCAAUCACAUCAAACCCCCCCACCUUCACAGCCGGCCCGAGCAAGCACAUCGAAGGGCGUCAGCCGCAAGAUCGGAGACAAGGUGAAGAAUUUGAUGAAGAAGUUUGAAAAAUGA